UGGCGACAUUGUUGUACCAUCAUCACACCCAUCCAUUACAUUCGAAGAGUACCUAUCUCGAUCCCCUGGCCUCGACCUCGAAGAUGUCUCAGACCAGCACCCAGAACACCCUCUUGACAGCUUCCGAAGGCGGUAUCCCUCCGACCGUACAACACGCCCUGCAUCUCAUCGGCGCCGACGACCAAUCCAGACCAUCUUCCCAUAUCGAUAGGGACGCUAGGAUCAGUACUGUACCCCUUGAAGAGUCCCCCGCUGUACCCCUUCCCGGACAGAGGACGGAGAAUCCUGUUUGGUGGCCGAACCUCAGACGGGGGAUGCCGGAUUAUCGGGAAGUACAGAGGAACAUCAGAGCUGAGGAUAGACCGUUAGGGCAGAAUACGGGGGAGUUCGUCUUCCUCUGUUUCAUGUUUAGUGGAGUAGGCAUCGUUUCGGCGGGAAACUAUGUUUGGAGAGGAACCAUUGGGAAGAUGACGGAUGGGAUCUUCAAAUAUCAAACAGGUGGACAGUGGUGAAGGAGGCAAGCUCGCUGCCUUCUUUACCCGCGCAAUCCCAUUGU